CACAGACUGCGGUGUGGUUUUUAUUUCCGAUUUUUUUCUCUGUGGAAGUUUCUGCAGGUAGAAAUAGUUUUUGUUGUCUGUGUUUUAUCGUCGCGCACUUUAACCCCCUGAGCUCCACGUCACUGAUGUGGCUGGAAACACAAAGUACAUCACUUCCUGUGAGCCGGGCGACAUUUUCAUGAAGGAGCCAGCGGGGAAUUUACAUCAGUUCACAUAAGUGUGAUGGUUGUUUGAUGCACAUGAUGUAGGUGAUGAAGAUGAUGAAGGUGAUGAAGAUGAUGUAUGUGAUGAAGAUCUGACCUUGUACCUCUCUGUGUCUUCAGGAAGUCUGGUUUGAUGUCGGCGUCAGUUCUGCGUCCAUGUCUGUGUGGACGCGUCAGUCUGCUCUGUGGACUCCUCCUCCUCCUCCUUUUGGCCUCGUCACCGCUCCUCGCUGCAGGUUUGACCUCUGACCCCGCCACUCCACCCAAACCCCUCUGUCUGGGCAGACUGAGUAACUGCUCCCACCCCCUGGUGCCUGAACAUGGAGGUUUCCGCUGCGACCCGUCUCCGUGCAGAGGUUUCCCUCAGAAGAGCUCCAUCCAUGUCUUCUGUGAGCCCGGGUACCACAUCACCAAGACCCGCGUCUCCAGGUGUCGCCAAGGGAGGUGGCAGCCUCCGAUACCCGCCUGCAUCCCCCUCAAGGAGAGUCCUCACGUGAACCCUGACGACAGAGCCAACGACUCGAUGCCCAACAUGGCCACGACGGCGGUGGGCGUGUCCAUCUUCCUGCUCACCACAACCGCCUGCCUGGUCGUCAAGUCCCGCCUCUUCCCCUGUCAGUCUCACAGCCGUCGUUCCUCGGACCAGCUGGACCUGAUGGUGGACGGACUUCCUGUCUCUCUCCCCUCCUACGAGGAGGCGGUGUACGGAAGCUGGGGUCAGCGCCUCCCCGCCUGCUCCGCACCUGGACCCACCCAGCUCCUUUUGGCCCAGGAGGCUCCGGGCCGCCACCAGUCGGACGGCAGCCACCGCCCCCUGCUGUCCUCUCAAAGCCCCGACAACCCCCCACCCCCCUACGAGGAGGUCCAAUCACUAGGCAGGAUGAGUGACGGGGAGGGUCGGCAGCUUCACGUCACUCUGUCAGACGACAAGGACACUUGAUUGACAGUGUCGGCCGUGAGAUGAGGAUUUUGAUUGACAGUGACCUGCUGCAGAGUUUCCUCUGCAGAUCACAAACUGACUCCUGUCUGCACUUUGCCUGGUCGGCUGCAGCUCACCAGCAUCACACGCUAAUUUAGACCAAGCUGAGAAGCUCUGAUUGGCCAGAGGUCACAGAGACCUGACUGAACAGGCCUGGACUGCAUCAUUCAUGUUGAUUGGACAAAAUGUGUGUGUGUGUGUGUGUG